AUGAAUUCUCUGGGAACUUCUAUAGUAAAUGGAAUAUACAGAAUUGUAAUCAAUCAAAUAUUGCAAAGUCCUGGUAUCUAUUACUGUUCAGAAUUGGACCCUAACGGAAUUUCGGUCUAUACUGGCACCAUAAUAUCAGACUGGGGGGGUAGAUUAGAAUUAGAGAUUGAUAGAAAAGCAAGGAUAUGGGCUCGUGUGAGUAGGAAACAGAAAAUAUCUAUUCUAGUUCUAUCAUCAGCUAUGGGUUCGAAUUUAAGCGAAAUUCUAGAAAAUGUAUGUUAUCCUGAAAUUUUCGUGUCUUUCCUAAAUGAUAAGGAUAAAAAAAAAAUUGGGUCAAAAGAAAAUGCCAUUUUGGAGUUUUAUCGACAAUUUGCUUGUGUUGGCGGAGAUCCAGUAUUUUCUGAAUCUUUAUGGAAAGAAUUACAAAAAAAAUUUUUUCAACAAAGAUGUGAAUUAGGAAGAAUUGGUCGACGAAAUAUGAACCAAAAGCUUAAUCUUGAUAUACCCCAGAACAUUACAUUUUUGUUACCACGAGAUAUAUUGACAGCUGCGGGUCAUUUAAUUGGUAUGAAAUUUGGAAUGGCUCUAUUUGACGAUAUAAAUCAUUUGAAAAAUAAACGUAUUCGUUCCGUAGCAGAUCUAUUACAAGAUCAAUUUGGAUUGGCCCUGGUUCGUUUAGAAAAUAUGGUUAGAGGAACUAUAUGUGGAGCAAUUAGACAUAAAUGGAUACCGACUCCUCAGAAUUUGGUGACUUCAACUCUAUUAACAACAACUUAUGAAUCUUUUUUUGGAUUACAUCCAUUAUCUCAAGUUUUGGAUCAAACUAAUCCAUUGACCAAAAUAGUUCAUGGGAGAAAAUUGAGUUAUUUGGGCCCUGGAGGAUUGACGGGGCGAACUGCGAGUUUUCGGAUACGAGAUAUCCACCCUAGUCACUAUGGACGCAUUUGUCCAAUUGACACGUCUGAAGGAAUCAAUGUUGGACUUAUUGGAUCUCUAGCAAUUCAUGCGAGGAUUGGUAUUUGGGGAUCCAUAGAAAGUCCAUUUUAUGAAAUAUCUGAGAGAUCAAAAAGAAUACGCAUGCUUUACUUAUCACCAAGUAGAGAUGAAUACUAUAUGGUAGCAACAGGAAAUUAUUUGGCACUUACUCGAGAUAUUCAGGAGGAAGAGAUUGUUCCAGCCCGAUAUCGUCAAGAAUUUCUUACGAUUGCAUGGGAACAGGUUCAUCUUCGAAGUAUUUAUCCCUUCCAAUAUUUUUCUAUUGGAGCUUCUCUGAUUCCUUUUAUCGAACAUAAUGAUGCGAAUCGAGCUUUAAUGAGUUCUAAUAUGCAACGUCAAGCAGUUCCGCUUUCUCAGUCCGAAAAAUGCAUUGUUGGAACUGGAUUGGAAUGCCAAGUAGCUUUAGAUUCAGGGGUUUCCGCUAUAGCCGAACACGAGGGAAACAUCAUUUAUACUGAUACUGACAGGAUCUUUUUAUUUGGUAAUGGAGAUACUUUAAGUAUUCCAUUAACUAUAUAUCAACGUUCCAACAAAAAUACUUGCAUGCAUCAAAAACCCCAGGUUCACCGAGGUAAAUGCAUCAAAAAGGGACAUAUUUUAGUGGAUGGUGCUGCUACAGUUGGCAGCGAACUCGCUUUGGGAAAAAAUGUAUUAGUAGCUUAUAUGCCAUGGAUAUACCAAGAAAGAUGGGUGGGGGUCUGCUGUCAGAUUAGGGCUCGAAGGGAGCCUUCGUGCGAGCGCGGGUUUGCUGUCAGAUUAGGGCUUUGCAAGAUCUAG